AUGCAAGCCAAUAGCGUCCACGAAUGUUUGAAGACCUCGGAUCCAAUUGAACUCGACCACCACAUCGAGGCGUACAAAGCCAAGGAGAGCGCAAAGAAGCGAAAAAUAUAUAUCUUGGAAGGCCUCAAUCCUGAGUUUAUCUCCGUCCUUGGCAAACACCUCAUGGUCCAUCCAACUCUUUUCACCGAUCACCUUUGGUGGGACAUCUAUUCCUGCACGGGGCAUACCAUGAAUAACACAGCACUGGCCAGUAGUGAGCAGGACUAUAUUUGCUUCGAGUAUCCUGAAGAAUUCUUGAUAAAUGUGGAGUCCCGGACCCAUGAUCUGUCUUAUUGUUUAAAGACUGGUAGAUUUACUACUAAGGCUAACCUGGGAGCCAAUCUUGCAACGCUUACCGUCGAUCGCAAGUGCAGCUUCUGGUCAUCGAAUUUGUCUGCAGAUGGGAGCUGGAACGCCGUCAUACUGUGCGAUCCCCCGCCUUUGGUAGUUGACCGAAAUAAGAACCAAAUGUUCGGCGAUCUCCAGCCUUGGGCCAAUGGAUAUAAUGACUUCUUACCUUUCGAGGAUCAGAUCAAAUGCCUUACAGGUCCGCCUAGGACUUCAAUGUUUGAUGAUCUUCACUAUUACUUAGAAGACCAUUAUAGGUACCUCAACUUGGAAGAACCCAGUGCCCCGGCGUUCUUUAUCGAAAAGAUAGUCUUGGAACACUUCCGUCGGCGACACGAUGUACUGAAGAUUGAAGUUUUAAGAAUGCAGACUCAAUUGAUGAGCAGCGACCCAGAAAGUCUGACUGCUGCAGAUAUCGAGUCUCAACGACGAGCUGGCCAUUAUGACGAGGAGAGCUUGCAAGAGAAUUGCGAUAAGCUCUGUCGCAUUAUAGACCGCCUAAGCCCGUUAAAAACUAAGACCGGCUACAAACUCCGCAAUCAUAGGCUUGGUCAGUCUUAUACAUGCAACAACUUCGACCAAGGAAGCAAUUGCGUCAAACAAGGAGGCAAAAAGGGCAAGGGUGCUGGUGCUGGUGGGGCUCGUCUUCGUGCCACUCUCUCUCGCAUCCUCGCUUUUCAGUAUGGCAGAACCCUAUAG